AUGCAUUGCGUACUAGCGCGAAUAUUUUUGUGGUUCUUUAUAGCAGAGGUUAGCGUCAUACAGGCGCUCGUCCUUCCACCUUUGGAAGACUAUGAUCCAUUAGAGCCUUUGAUGAAAAGAGAUAUGUCCAUGAGCCAGCAGAAUAAACUCCAAUUUCAAGGUCAAUUGCCGCCCAUACUAAAUCCCGCUGAUGUGACAGAUGACCAAAGGAGUUUGCAUACUCCCGGGAAAAUCCCGACUUAUGUCAUCGAUCACUGUCCCCUAGUGCACCUGUAUAGCGAAGAGAAAUAUUGGCCGUCGGACAUUGCUGAGUAUGUUCGAAACUUCCGGAUUAAAGAUAGAGACGGCAAUUCCAUGCCCACUCACAAAAAUUUGACACUACAUGAUUUGAAAGCGGAUUACUACGCGGAUUUAUUUGGUAACCAGACGGAAACCCAUAUCCCCAGUAGCGAGGUAUUUUUAACCAGUUUGGAUGAUUUCGACAAGGACCCUAAAUGGUUACUAGGCCAUCCGCCGGAAUAUGGAACAGGCUACAACUCUAAGGCGCCUGCCGUUCUAAUUGUGGUCGACAAGGGAAACGGAUGGGUCGAUGCGUUCUGGUUUUUCUUUUACCCGUUUAACCAUGGUCCUUUUAUUAUGGGCCAAGGUCCCUGGGGCAAUCAUGUCGGUGACUGGGAGCACUCUUUGGUUCGGUUUUAUAACGGUAUUCCAAAAUAUUUUUGGAUGAGUGCGCAUUCCAGCGGAACAGGCUACAGGUACGAAGCUGUUGAGAAAUUCAAGAAACUGCGGAAGAGGAGAGAUAAUGACGAUGGUGAAGAUACUAUAUUGGAAAGACCGUUGAUUUUCAGCGCUAGAGGCACACAUGCUAAUUAUGCGUCUUCUGGGCAACAUGCUCACGACAUUCCCUUUUUUUUCAUGCCCCUGAGUGAUUUUACAGAUCGUGGUCCCCUCUGGGAUCCAUCUCUGAACUUUUACUCCUAUACUUUUGAUGGUAAAACUGUGACGCCUUCCACAGAAAGAGAAGAAUCUCUGGGUUUGGAUUGGUUGCAUUUUCAGGGUGGAUGGGGCGAUCAACAGCUACCAGCUCGGGAUCCUAGACAGAAAUGGUGUUUAGCUCAAUGGAAGUAUAUCGGAGGUCCUCGUGGCCCUCUGUUCAAAAAAUUGGAUAGGUUGAACCUAUGCGGCGGUGUGAAAAAAUGGAAUAUUUGGAAUGGCGGCUGCCCCGCAAGAAGAUUAAUUAAGAAGGCAGAAGGAUUGGACGCUGAAGCGACAGACCUUAUGGGUGACAAUUGUGGUAUCUUACUCUAUAAAAUUAGACCAAAGUGGCUAAGAGGAAUUUUAAGAUUUUUAAUGUGGAGAGGUAUACUCUGCUCUCUUAUGGAAUUCUUCACCAAUUAA